AUGUUGGUGUUGGUGUUGGUGUUGGUGUCGGUGUCGGUGUCGGUGUUGGCGUGGGUGUCGGUGUCGGUGUCGGUGUCGGUGUCGGUGUCGGUGUCGGUGUCCGUGUCCGUGUCCGUGUCCGUGUCGGUGUCGGUGUCGGUGUCGGCGUCGGCGUCGGUGUCGGUGUCGGUGUCGUUGGUGGUGUCGUUGGACCAGGAAGCACUGGGGCAAGGCGCGGGGUAUAGCGGUAACAGGCUGAGCCCGGCCAAGCUUCGGGAGCAGAUCGCGGUGGCUGCGCCCCUUUGGCUCAUGUUUUUGCGGUCCAAGUCUGGACUGGCGGACAUUCCUUACGAAGCCAGCAAGAAAGCCAGGCAAGCCGGCGGCUCGUCACUUUGGUUCGCAAUGACCUUAGACAACGGCCGGCGCACGGCCGAACUGAGGCUCAUGUCCGAUGACUCCGCCGUCGGAGCCCUAGAUGACUGCGGCGGCCGCUUGGCGGCGGCAGCCCCUAGACAGACAACGGCCGCCUCGGCUGCUAGCUGCUUUGCCGCUGGCUCCGCCGUGCGGCUGUUCGCGAUCCACAAGGGCGACAGUCCCUCCCUGCCCGCCUGCGCUGCCCUCGGAUUACAGCACGUGUCCAAGGUGCGGCAGCCCAGGUUCGGCCAGAUGGGAGGAUACUCCGGCCAGCAGCAUGUCAUCGGAAGCGGAAGCAGAAGCCCAAGGAUCCAAGCGGCGAUCAGGAUUGUGAAGAACAACGCCUUCGACCUGGUGUGCGCAUUCGUGGUUGUCAGCAAUUGCCUCUACCUGGGCAUUGAUGUGGAAGUGCGACGCAGCCACGCUCCGGCCGAGUUGCCGUUGUUCACGCAAGUGAUUCCACAUUGCUAUGCCGCCUGGUUCCUGCUGGAGCUCACCUUGCGCAUUCUGGCGGAGGGGUGCUACAGUUUCUUCUUUUCAGAUGACUGGAUGUGGAGCAUAUUGGAUCUUUUCGUGGUGCUGACAUCCCUUUGGGAUGUGGCAGCUGACAUUCUGAUUGCCUUUCAGAAUGAAAGUGUGAGCCAGGUUGAAGGAAUGAGCAGCUUUAAGGCAUUUCGCAUUGUGCGAAUCACUCGGAUCGUGAAGGUGGUUCGCCUGAUGCGAGUCUUUCGCUUUGUUUUGGCCUUCCGGACCCUGAUUGCCUCCAUAGCAGACACGUUGAAGUCCCUGUUUUGGGCGUUAAUGCUGCUGGCCACCAUCGUGUAUGUAUUCGCAGUGCUGUUCACGCAGGCAGUCAAUGACUUUUUACGGGACGAAAGUUCAUCGAUGAGCAGCGACGAGGAAGAGCUUGCAAUGAAAUACUUUGCCUCCCUAGGUGAUACGAUGCUAAGCCUGUUCAUGGCCAUUGCAAAUGGUGUGAGCUGGAAAGAGGUGCUGGCGCCUCUGAGGAGGAUAUCCCCGCUCCUGGCGGCGUUGUUCCUCUUCUACAUAUUUUUCACGCUGUUUGCUGUCCUUAAUGUCGUUACGGCGGUUUUUUGCCAGACAGCGGUCGAGAGCGCACAAAGCGACCAUGCGGCAAUGGUUCACUCAGUGCUGAAGAACAAGAAGGCGCAUUGCGACAAGAUUCGCCGUUUGUUCCACACGAUCGGCGACAAAGACGCGGGCGUGAUAACCUUCAAGGUUUUGGAGGAGAAAUUGCUUCAGCCAAAUGUACGUGCUUAUUUUGAAGUGUUGGGCCUGGAUGUGUGGGACGUUUGGUCAUUCUACAAGCUUUUGGACAAUGACCGCCGCGGCGAUGUGGAGAUUGAACAAUUCCUGAUGGGUUGCCUGAGGCUUCGUGGUUCAGCCAGAGCCAUCGAUGUGGGCAAGUUGAUCCACGACCAGGCGUGGCUCAUCAAGACGCAGAGCCAAUUUCAGCGGUUUGUGGAGAAGCAACUUCGAAAGAUGCGCCGAGAGCUGCAGUCGAACGGUCCAAGCCCGGGGUACAGGGCUACUGUCAACGCGCUCCGUGCUCCCACUACGUAA